AUGGGCCUAGCAUUCAGCAACCUAAGGGAGUCCAUGUGCUCGAAGAAGAAAUAUGGCGAUGAUGGCGACAGUGACGAUGGCGAUGAUGAGAAUAAACGAAAUAAUAAUAAUGAUAAUAAUAAUAAUACCAAUGACAACGAUGAUGGAACAAAUUGCUCGUCAUGGUUGAAAAAUAGACUUAAUUUCAACAACAACAACAACAACAUCAAUAACAAUAAUAAUAAUAAUAAUAAUAAUAAUAAUAAUAAUAAUAAUAAUAAUAAUAAUAUUGUCAACAACAACGAUAAUAAAAAUAAUUAUUUUGAGGCAAACGCUAACUUCAACGGUGACGUAUCGAUCGAUUUGGAUGACGAUUACGAUGACGUAACGAAUAAUAGAACAAUAACAAUAAUAAAUAAUAAUAUCAACAACAACAAUAAUAAUAACAACAACAACAAUCAACCGUCGUCAACAUCAACAACGACAACAGCAAUCCCAUCAAAAGCUUCGCUAGAAAAUUGCUCCAACAUCAGCGAGGAGUUCAACAGUACCGCAGACAAUAAUAUCUCUAACGAUUAUAAAUCUCACCUUAAGGAUGACCUACACGACGUUGGGUCAGAGUUUGAAGGUCACAGAGGUCAGGCUAAAAAUAGAGAUGACCCUUGUAGUGGCUCGUCGAACAAUGCCGAAAAAUUGGAGAUUGUGGUAACGGAUGAGAAGGUAGAUUGUGGAGAGGAUGACGUUGUUGUUGGGAAGAAAGAAGAUGAGGAUGUUGGGAUAGGUCAGUUAGGCAACAAACAGGCAGAAGCAAACAAACAAAACCAACAACAGUUUGUACAAAAACAACAAUUACAACAACAACAACAAACUCAACAACAACAGCAACAACAAACUCAACAACAACAACAACCUCAACACCGCAGGCUAUCUCUGAACUACUUCAACUCUUUCAAAAACAAACUCUUCAGAAAACUAUCGGCCACAUCAACGCCAACAUCGACUGCAGCAGCAGCAGCAGUUACGACGUCAACGACAAUAACCACAUACUGCAACAGUGCUGCAACAACAACGAAUUACAUCAAAGACAGCAAAAACUUUGUGGUGUACGUUUCCAAAAACAACACAUGCACCGCCAUCACUUCGGUUAACGCCACACCAUCUUCAGCCACACCGAACAACCAAUACCACCACCAACAACAACAAAAUAAAAAAACAAAACAACAUUACUUUUCGACCGAUUCAGCAGCAGCAGCUGAAGCGACCACAAAACUCGCAAAAACAAAACGCCCGAGCUUGAGACAACGACUAUUUAAAACUCACGCCGAGACAAAACUAACAAAAAUCAUCAGACAGCAAGACAUUCAGCAACGAAACUUACAGCAAGCUACAUCUUCAGCAGUGACAUCAAUAUCGAAUGUCAAAUCACAGCAACAACAUCAACAACAACGUCAACAUAAGCAUCAUAAUCGUCGUUGUGAGUUUUGUUUGGAAACGAACUGCGAUGGUGCUUGUGAAAGCAGAAGCGCGUCAAAGAAUAAGAAAGCUUCAAUCUUCUUCCAAUUAGUGAACAUCCGUCUAGAAAAUUUGCAUCUUGUAAACUUCAAAAUGCCACAAACCCGCACAAGAAUAUUCGCUGCUGACAUAGUAUGUCUUUUAAAUUGCAUCAAACCAAAAGAAAGAGAAAAAGAGAAAGAGUGA